AUGUCUGCUCUUUCUUCCCACAUCACCUCUCCCAGUAAUUCCAGCUCCAAUUCCAGGCCCAAUUCCAACUCUCACUCUCAUAUCAACACCAGCACUGGAACAAAUAGUAUCUCUGCCAACCACAGCUUUGUCAACAUUUUUGCCAUUUCCCAAAGCCAGCAGGACGAUCUACUGUACUCGCUCAACACCCUCACCUCGCCAGUUUCCUCAAGAUCAAGGUCCUUUUCAUUGUCCAAUAACAACAGCACCCAUAGCAUUGCUUCCUCCAACUACUCCUCUCCCAACACUCCCAAGAAGCCUGCCCUUGCUUUGGAGAACAACCUAUCCUCUUUUGAUGAUAGCUCUAUUAAAAGAUCUGGUUUGAAACAGACCUCUUUGGAAAAAGUCAUUUUGCCUGGAAAAAGAUACAAACCACUUGGUUCUUUAUCCUCCAUUGCUUCUCAAAAUAACAAUCCCCCUAGCAUGAACAUGAACGUCAACAUGAACAUGAAUAACAUGACCGUCAACCUGAACAAUAUGGGUAUCAACAUGAAUAACGUCAACAUGAACAUGAACAUGAACAACCCCAACUCCUAUGCCACAUCCCCAUCCAUAAGAUCCUUCAGCAUAUCUUCCAACACUUCUCAAUUACCAAAAAUACCUCCUCCGAUAACAAGAUAUACAGGUCCUCCCUUGGGUAUUAUACUACCAAACCAAAACCAAAGCCUGGUUCCCAAACAAAACCAAAACCAAAACCAAAAUCAAAAUCCGACUCCAAAUCAAAAACUCAAUCUCAGUAUAAACCUCAACCAUACCCAUAACUAUAACCAUCAAAAUCAGUUUGUCAACUCUCCAAUAUCUUCAGCAAGAUCUCCAAUUGAUCCUCAUUUUAUUCCUCCAACUUACCUGCCAAAUAAUUACAACAGAAGACAAUUUUCCAAUAACAACCUUAAUAAUAUCAACAAUAACAUCAAUAACAACCCUAACCAAAACCAAAUCGCCCAUUCAAAUCAAAAUUCUGCCAACAAUAUCGACAAUAAUAACAACAAAAGCCCUCCUCCUCAGCAAAUCAAUAACGAAAUACAAGAACUAUCAAAACAAAUCGACAAACUAAAACAAAUCCUUAACGAUAAAGACCAACUAAUCAAAUCCCAAGAAGACCAAUAUAAAAACAAUCUCCUUGAAAAGGAAAAACAAUUCAAACUAAACCUAGACCAAAAAAACAAAAACUUUAAAGAAAAUCUCGACAACAAAAUCUCAGAUUUCCAAAACCAACUAAAAUUAAAAGACAAAGAAAUAGAUAAACUCAACAAAGAAAUCCUAUCAAACACAACAAAAUCAAAACUAAAAAGAAUGAAAACCCAAACCUUCUCAAUGAUCGAACCAAAUAGACACAAAAAUGACGAAAAUAAAUCCUCCCAAGAACUACUCGAGAAAAUCGCUCUCCUAGAAAAACACAACAAACUACUAAAAACUGACUUGUCCUAUAAAAAUAAAGAAAUCCUUAAAAAGAUUAAUGAAAUCAACGACAUGAAAAUCAAUGUUAACAACUAUAAAAUCAAACUAAGCAAAAACGAAAUCUCCCUAAACCAAUAUGAAAUAGAUUUGCAUACAGCUGAAGCAGAUCGUAAAUCAAAAAAUUUCUUGAUUCAAAACCUAGAAAAUAAACUAUCUUCCUUCAUCAACAUCAACCUAGACGAUUACAACAACAUUGAAAAGAAAUUAUCCGAAAUCUUUUAUUUUAUAGAAUUCUUCUUGAAAUAUUCUUUAAAAUAUCUACCCUACGAUUUUAUUAAAAGUAUUUCUGACUUACUAUCUGCUCCAAAAAUUAUCGAAAUAAUGUCAAAGAGUAAUAGUAGUCUCGUCAAUCUCGCAAAUAUCACCAACAUCACCAGCAUAUCAAACAUCAACGAAAACAACGAUAACGAUCAUGAAAACGAUCUUGAUACUCAAAUUGAAAGAAUGAAAAAAAAAAUAUCAAUGAUAAACUUUGAUCCAAGAUUAUCAAAUAUCGUCAAAAAAGUAUUAUCUAUAUCAGAAUUAUCUCGCUCAAACCAAUCAAGUCCUGCUUCAUCAACUACUUCAAGCUCUUCUUCCACUUCGGUUUUCACUUCAAUCUCCUCUACUUCAACCAACACUAUUUCCUCUCCUUAUUCUAUUAACUUUAAUACAAAAUUAAGAUCAAUCAAUCAAAAGGUCGGCGAUGCCAGAAUUAAUCAUUCAAUUGAUCUUCCAAAUGUUCGUGGUAAGUCUUAUAUCAAAGAAAAUGUCAUGAAACAUACUUCAAAUCCUUACCACAACCUUAACGUCAAUAAAUCGAAAAUCACUACAACGAAUGAACUAGUCAAAUUAUCAAAUGAAGAUUUAUUAAAAAUGGCUUUAAAUAAUUUGAAAUUAGAAUUCCAAACUCAUGCUGAUAAAAGCUUCAAUAAAAUCGUUUCUUUACAAAAGAAUUUAGAACAAGAAAAAAUGUUAUUAUCAAGAUUAAUACAAAGUAACUCAAUUCUCGAUAAUAAAAAAAACAACCCAAGUAAUUUUAAGGAUUUAAAUGACUCCAAUAAUUCUAAUUCUAAUUCCAAUACAAAUAACCAUGGAAAGCCUCAUAAAAAAAUUACAAAUACUUCUCCAACUACAACUAGAAAGGGCUUGAAAGUACUUGGAAUAGUUCCUACAACUUUUGUUCCUCCUCUUAUUGAAGUUACUGGUUGA